AUGAGUAGCCGCCGCCGCCGCCCACGCUCGCCGGCGGCGGCGCCACCGCUGGAGGACGACAACCUGCUCUCUGAGAUCCUCCUCCGUCUCCCCCCAGAUCCGUCAUCCCUCCCUCGCGCCUCCCUUGUCUCCAAGCGCUGGCUCGGCCUCGUCUCCGACCCCGGCUUCUCCCGCCGCUUCCGCCUCCACCACCGCCGCAACCCUCCUCUCCUCGGUUUCUUCGAGAGCUCGUACUUCGAACCUAUGGAUCCCCCCAAUCGUGUCCCAAAAGUUCGCUUCUCCUACGAGCACACUGACGAUGACGGCUAUGGCUGCUUCAUACCCUUCGGAUGCCGCCAUGGCCUCGUACUCAUCUUCCACGAAUCGGAGACUUCGGAGAAGCAGAUCCAUGUGCGGGACCCCUUCAACGGCGACAAACACUGCCUACCCGUUCCCCCGGAGUUCGAUGUGGAGGAGACCCUGAUCAGUGGGGCAGUGUUUCGCGCUGCUGGAGACAUCCAACACUUCCAGGUGGUAUUGGUAGGCACAGAGACAAACAACCAGCAGCAUACACGGGCAAUUGCCCGCGUCUACUCAUCCGACAUCGGCAUAUGGGGCAAUCUCAUGUCGACACCGCUUCCACCCAUGUCUUCGAGUUCUAUGGACGAAUUUUCCACCACUUUUGGAAUGUGGUAUACUAUUAGUGUGCUGGUUGGGCAUUCGCUUUACUGGUUGCUCACUGAUACAUCGGCAGAAACUUACACAUUGGAUGUCAUCCUUCAGUUUGAUUUGGAGAGGCAGAUUCUAGCUGUGAUACCGGUGCCCAUGGAUAUUGCCAAUAAUUGUAUUAGCCGAUUCCAAGUUAUGCGGGCAGAGGGUGGUGGCCUUGGCAUUCUCUUUCUGUCAAAUUUUAGUGCCCAGUUAUGGAAGACGGAGACUGAUUCUGAUGGCGUUGCUUCGUGGGUGCUGGGAAGAACUAUUGAACUAGAUAAGCUACUUCCCAUGAAUCCAAAGAAGAAGACGAGAGGGCCACCCCUAAUGAUACGAGGGUUUGCCGAGUACAAUAAUGUGUUGUUCAUACGGACACCUGCUGGCUUCUUCAUGCUUCAGCUUGAGUCACUGCAGUUCAAGGAAGUUGUAAAAUCCCAUAUCUAUUAUCCAUUUAAGAGUGUCUAUGUUGCAGGUAACAGCAUAUGCAUAUACAUUGUGUGUGUGAAAAACCAGGAUAUUACUUAUAAUUGGUUGAUUGAAUGGCGCUCACAUCCUUUUGUGUUAAGCUAA